AUGUCGACAUUCUCAAGGAAAACGUUUGACGCCGCGGCGUAUCUGGCGUUUCGACCGUCGUAUCCACGGUGGGUAUAUGAUAAGGUGUUGACGUAUCAUUUUGGAGGAACGAGGCGCAAGGUGGGGGGGUUGGCGUUGGAUUUGGGGUGUGGACCGGGGGUGUCGACGCUUUCGCUGCUGCCGCAUUUCGAGCGAGUGAUUGGGAUCGAUGCUUCGGAACAGAUGGUGAGCGUGGCUAUCACGCCGGAAACACGUGGACUUCCAGCGGAGCUACUACCAGAAUCGCAAGAUGGGUUGGGCAAGCUCGAGUAUCGUCAGGGUUACAGCGAGCAGUUGGAUUUCCUGCAAGAUGCGUCGGUGGAUCUGGUCACUUGCGGUCAAGCUGCGCACUGGUUUGAUUACCCCUUGUUUUGGAAAACCAUGACAAGGGUGCUCAAGCCAGGUGGAAGCGUAUGUCUGUACGGAUAUCCGGAUUUCUUCCUACCAGACUUCCCGAGCACACGCUCGCUGCUCAACCGCUUCUCGCUCAAAGACGGUCAAGCACCGGCUUGUCCGGAAUCCGAACCCACCGAGCACAUUGACUCGAUCGCUGACUUUUGGGAACAACCAGGUCGAUCCAUCGUCAAUCAAGGCCUCCAACCCGUCCCGUUUCCAACCACGUACGCCGAGCUUGCUCGGUACUGGAACGCUUCCAGCGCGCUCAAACGAACCUUUUCCACGAUAGGUCUUCCCCAACACCACAUUUGGCCGUCGUGGCCUCCGCUAACCACGGCGCCGCUCGAAGCCGAGCUGGACGAUCAUGUCAAGUCCGAGUUCCAGGGCGAACAGUCACACGCCACCAUGGACAAGCUCUUGAACUGGUCGCAGCUCGCAAGCUAUCUCAGAACUUGGUCCGCUACGCACACCUACCUGCAACAGCACCCGGAACAGAGCCAAAACGGCGCGCCGGAUGUGGUGGAUAGGUUUGUACUCCAGUUGAGAAAUCAUAUCAAGAAGGCCAACGGUGGAAACGACGUAACCAACUGCAUCUCAGAUGGCCGCUCUGCUUUGU